AUGGUUUUAGCAGACCUUGGGCGGAAGAUCACAUCGGCGCUACGCUCUUUGAGCAAUGCCACAAUCAUUAAUGAGGAGGUGCUCAGUGCUAUGCUGAAAGAAGUCUGUACAGCCCUACUGGAAGCAGAUGUUAACAUUAAGCUUGUAAAGCAACUAAGAGAAAAUGUCAAGUCUGCAAUUGAUCUGGAAGAAAUGGCAUCUGGUCUCAAUAAGAGGAAAAUGAUUCAGCAUGCUGUCUUCAAGGAACUGGUCAAGCUGGUGGAUCCAGGAGUAAAGGCAUGGACACCCACUAAAGGAAAGCCAAAUGUCAUAAUGUUUGUAGGGUUACAAGGAAGUGGGAAAACAACCACCUGUUCAAAGCUGGCAUACUAUUAUCAGAGGAAAGGAUGGAAAACAUGUUUGAUAUGUGCUGAUACAUUUAGAGCUGGAGCCUUCGAUCAGUUGAAACAGAAUGCUACAAAAGCCAGAAUACCAUUUUAUGGCAGCUACACAGAGAUGGAUCCAGUGAACAUUGCUUAUGAAGGUGUUGAGAAAUUUAAGAAUGAAAACUUUGAAAUCAUUAUUGUAGACACAAGUGGUCGACACAAGCAGGAAGAUUCAUUGUUUGAAGAAAUGCUUCAAGUUUCUAAUGCUAUACAACCAGAUAAUAUUGUCUAUGUCAUGGAUGCAUCCAUUGGUCAAGCUUGUGAAUCCCAAGCCAAAGCCUUUAAGGAUAAAGUAGAUGUAGCAUCAGUCAUUGUAACCAAGUUGGAUGGUCAUGCAAAAGGAGGAGGAGCUCUUAGUGCGGUUGCUGCGACAAAGAGCCCCAUCAUUUUCAUUGGAACUGGAGAACACAUAGAUGAUUUUGAACCAUUUAAAACACAGCCUUUUAUCAGCAAACUCCUCGGAAUGGGAGACAUUGAAGGGCUAAUUGAUAAAGUGAACGAAUUGAAGCUAGACGAUAAUGAAGCUCUUAUAGAAAAAUUGAAACACGGUCAGUUCACAUUGAGAGAUAUGUAUGAGCAGUUUCAGAAUAUCAUGAAAAUGGGUCCCUUUAGCCAGAUUUUGGGAAUGAUUCCUGGCUUUGGACAAGAUUUUAUGAGUAAGGGCAAUGAGCAGGAGUCAAUGGCUCGUCUGAAGAAGCUUAUGACCAUAAUGGACAGCAUGAAUGACCAGGAACUUGAUAACACAGAUGGUGCCAAACUCUUCAGUAAACAACCUGGCAGAAUUCAGAGAGUGGCCCGAGGUUCUGGAGUAUCUACAAGAGACGUACAGGAGCUGCUAGCACAAUAUACAAAGUUUGCACAAAUGGUUAAAAAAAUGGGAGGUAUCAAGGGACUAUUCAAAGGCGGUGACAUGUCAAAAAAUGUAAAUCCUUCACAAAUGGCAAAACUAAACCAGCAAAUGGCAAAAAUGAUGGACCCCAGAGUUUUACAGCAUAUGGGUGGAAUGGCAGGCCUUCAGUCAAUGAUGAGACAAUUUCAACAAGGAGCUGCUGGCAACAUGAAGGGAAUGAUGGGAUUCAACAACAUGUAA